GUUUUUUAACAUUAUCGGUAAAGCAUAACACCCCUGGUGUCUGUUAUGCCCCGCAGGCAUUGAUGCCCCACAGUCUUCUUGUCUUCCAUUAAGAUGGCAUCAGUGGCUGGAUAAGCUUUCUUGCUAUGGAGAUGCCUGGGGCUGUGGAGAAUGCAGAUUUACCCUCUGAGGGCUCACCACAGAAAGUGGACUAUGCAGAAAAGGAGGAAAGCGAAGCCCUGUCCUCUCCCACAAAGGACGACUCCGUGGAAGGGAUAUGUUACAAUCACUACACGAAGCAAGAUCGUGGCGCAGAGGAUGAUGUGGUGCCCGCUGAGGAGCCUGCGCAAGAGGUCAUGCCUGAGAUCAUAGGAGCAGAACUGAAAGUAGAUUUAAAUGCUGGCGCUCCCUCCCAAGAGAGGAGCCAAGAACAUUCAGAUGAGACAUCUCCCAACAUCACACCUACAAGCGGUCCGGAUCAUGAAGUCCCAUCCCAUGGGACCCAACAGGUGUCUCAGUCUGCUGAAAUGGAACCACACAACAGUGGGGAGGGGGGAGAAAUUAAUUCAUUAUCUACGGAAGGAGCGGACCAAGGGAAUGCUGGGAACGGGGCUAAGAAUGAAGGGGCGCCGGAGGAAGACAAUGGACGGAAUAAGCAAGGGCCUAAAAGGGUAACCUUUCCAUGUGAUGACGAUAUUGUCUCUGGUGCCCUAGAACCAAAAGACCCAUGGAGACAUGCUCAGAACGUGACUGUGGAUGUCGUGAUUUCAUCUUACACCCAAGCCUGCCAGAAGCUCAACUGCAAGCAGAUCCCCAAACUUAUUCGCCAGCUGCAGGCGUUGACUGACCUCUCAGGGAGAGUCGAAAGCCUGGAUCUGAAAGGAGAGCGCUUAGACCAUAAGGCUUGUGAGGCCUUGGAGGAGAUCUUCAAACGUGUGCAGUUUAAGAUGGUGGACCUGGAACAGACCAACCUGGACGAAGAUGGAGCCUCGGCAUUGUUUGACAUGAUAGAGUAUUAUGAGUCUGCGACGCACCUCAAUAUCUCCUUCAACAAGCACAUCGGCACUCGGGGCUGGCAGGCUGCUGCCCACAUGAUGCGCAAGACAAAUUGUCUACAGUAUCUGGAUGCCCGUAAUACUCCGCUGCUAGACCACUCGGCUCCGUUUGUGGCCCGCGCGCUUCGCAUUAGUAGUAGCUUAACAGUUUUACACCUGGAGAACACUAGUCUGUCUGGGAGACCCUUAAUGUUAUUGGCCACAGCCCUGAAAAUGAAUAUAGUGUUACGGGAAUUAUACCUCGCUGAUAAUCGACUUAACAGCCUCCAGGACUCGGCCCAGUUAGGGAAUGUCCUGAAGUUUAAUAGCUGCAUACAGAUCCUGGACUUGCGGAACAACCAUAUUUUGGACUCAGGUCUGGCGUACAUUUGCGAGGGGCUGAAGGAGCAGCGGCAGGGCCUGGUCACACUGGUCCUCUGGAACAACCAAUUGACCCACGCCGGCAUGGUGUACAUGAGCAUGUGCCUGCCUCACACCCAGACGUUGGAGACUCUGAACCUCGGUCACAAUGCUAUAGGUAACGAGGGGGUCCGUCAUCUAAAGAACGGGUUGAUUGGUAACCGCAGUGUCCUCCGCCUUGGACUGGCUUCUGCCAAACUGACCUGUGAAGGCGCUGUAGCUGUUGCCGAGUUUGUGGCUGAGUCCCCCCGUCUUCUUCGUCUUGACCUAAGAGAGAAUGAGAUAAAGACUGGUGGCUUGAUGGCAUUGUCUCUGGCCCUCCGGGUCAACCAGUCCCUACUCAGGUUGGAUCUAGACAGAGAACCCAAGAAGGAAGCGGUCAAAAGCUUCAUCGAAACUCAGAAGGCCCUCUUGACAGAGAUACAGAAUGGCUGCAGGCGAAACUUUGUGUUGGCUAAGGAAAAAGAGGAACGCCUCCAGCAAUCGGCCUCUAUGGUGGAAAUUGCUUGCCCUGCCUCAGAAGAUCCUAAUACUGCACUUGAGGAAACGAGCCAUUCACCGGAGGAUUCUGUCACUGCCCAGGAGGAUUCUGUCACUGCCCAGGAGGAUUCUGUCGCUGCCGCAGAGGAGUCCAGCACCCCUCUUCAGUGUGGCUUACAAUCUACAGAGGACCAGCAAGAUGGAGAUAUCACGACUGCUGUAGAUGCUCAGGAUGAGGGAUCAGACUCUGAUACCGAGGAGGAGGAGGAGGAGGAAGAAGUAGAAAAAAAGGAGGAGGCAAGAAGGGAAGAAAAACCAGUGGGUCCCCAAAUCCAGGGCACCCCAGGGCAAGUGGCAGUUUCCAGCCCUGGUAGAGGCCAUAAGGUGUUCUUGGUGACACGGGUGGAGAAUCAAAUUUCCACACAAGGGGGGAGGGAAAACAAGGAGCUGCCUGUGACCCAGGAUGGAGCAAAACAGUCUACAGGAGUUCCUGCGCUCGCCAAUGGACUGGAGACACAGUUUGGACAGGCAAAGCAGUCCUGCGAUGGCAAGGAUUCCCGUGAGAUAUAUACGGACACGGAAUUGGAAGCUUUGUUACAUGAUGCUUCAAGAGAGCCAGACCCCUCGCUCAACAUUGUAACGCUCUAAGGAUCAACUGUUGCUUCCUGGGAUUCCAUCCACUCAACGCCCCGGAUCGUUGUAAAACCCUCGCCUU